AUGAGUAAAAGCCAAGAUGCCUGCAAACCUCUGUCCUUAAACUUCACCAUCGACAGUAUCCUGAAGUUAAAGUCCAGCAAGCCGCAGAGAGACUUCAUUGAGAGGUCCAUAGAUGACAGCAGAGAGCUGCGCAAACACUCAGCGGAGCCAGAUGAGGAGCAAAGGGCGAUAGAAGACAAGAGGAACCCCUUAUUAACUGCACAAGACACCAGAUGCCUCCUGACCUCCACCCAAAGCCUUAACUACUGCACCGAGCAGUCCCCAAAGCACAGAGACUUACCUUACAGGGCAGACAUCGCUGACAGCUUGGUGGAUGGCCCCUCGCCGUCGCCCGAUCAGCUCAGUAAGAAAAACAAGCUCCUGGCCAAGAAGAAGACCCGGACCAUCUUCUCCAAGAGCCAGAUCUUCCAGCUGGAGUCCACCUUCGACAUGAAGCGCUAUCUCAGCAGCGCCGAGCGAGCCUGCUUAGCGAACUCCUUGCAAUUGACUGAGACCCAAGUGAAAAUCUGGUUCCAGAACCGAAGGAAUAAGCUGAAAAGACAAAUGUCAGCAGAACUGGAGGGUCCGGGAUCAGGGGAAACUGCUGGGGAUUUAUCAGUCCUCUACAAAGACAACUCUUUCUUGAAUAGGUGCGUCUUGCCAAUGCCCUUCCCUGUCCUCUACCCUGGGAGCACCAUCCCUUACCUGUGCUUCUCCAACCCGGGCAAAUAUUACAGCCUUACAGACGGGGACGUAUAG